AUGGUAUCCUCAGCAAUAUACUUGACAACGGAUUGUAGGAAUGGAUACUAUGGAUCUGGUUGCUCUCUCCCCUGCCCUAAAAACUGUCGUUAUUGUCACAUAGAAACAGGCGUAUGUGAGUGGUGUGAACCCGGAUAUAAGGGAUAUCAAUGCGAAAUUGUUAGCACAGAGGAAGAAACAGUCUGGCGAUUAAGGUUUUACGGUACGCUUGGUGUUGUCGUCGUCGCCGUAAUAGUUAAUGCCUUUUUCAUCGUUAUAAUCUGUCUAAAAUGGAAAAUAAAUGGACCAAAGGUACAGCAAACCAUGAAAGAGUCGUGUACUCCUGAGGCAAAUCAAAUCUAUGAUAAUAUAGAGGGAAACAUCCCUGGUGAAUACCAGCAAUUAGGAAAGCUGGGAGAAUCCUCUCAAUAUGACGCUCUGAAGUGGAUGAAUGGAGAAAAGAUUACGAAGAAUCUUAUAUAA